AUGGCUGGCCUCAAGCACUUCAAGCUGGCGCUUGACCCGUCCAUCCAAAAGCUGGGGACGAUGCAAACGAACCGAGCCAAAUACUUUCGCUGGACACCCCGAACUGCCCGCAUCACCUUCAUGUACGUCGUGUUCGUGCCUGCACUCUUCGGCAUCCUCGCAUACCAGACAGACGGCAAAUACGAUCUCCGGGCCAAGAGGAAGGGCGACUUGAUCUCCGAGUACUAG